AUGUCGAAUGGUGGCAAGGUUUACGAGAAAAAAACCUUUAGUAGGGAGGAAUGGAGCGAGCAGGUGUUGAGAUCAAUGCUGCCCAUGUCGGGCAGCGAGAUGUAUGGGACGUCAAAUAAUGCGCGAGCGGCGGUAUCGAAGGACUUCGCAUCUACAACCAGCUUUCACGAGCCUUCAAUACCGAAGUUGCUGCUGAACUACUUCGUUUGCAUGCCCUAUGAGGAGGCAAGUGUAAGAAUGGCACGCGAAUUGGGAUAUGUAAAGACCAACAAAGAUGCCAUCGAAUUCAACAAUUUGUAUAAGAUUGGAGAAAGAGCUUACAUUGUGGAGCUGAUCAAAAAGGGUAACAUCUCGGAAGCAAUGGAGGAAAUCAACUCAACCUUUGGUAUUGAGGUGUUGGAACGCAAUAGUGAUUUAGGUUCAAGAAGCGGAACUACAGGUAACUACGAGUCUAGUACACGAAGCCUAUCCAAUUCGAAUAAUGGCAAAGAGGAUCUUCACUUUAAGCUACUUCUUCUAAAUCUCAUAGAAAUGAUACGUGCUCAUGAUAAGGAAAAGAGAACUAAUGAAUCGGCAGAGGAUUCAGAUGAAUUUGUGCUGAAAUUAAUCCAGUACUCACAAGAAAAGUUGGCCUUGAAAGCCUCUUCCAAUAGAAGUUAUAUGGCGGAAGUUGAAUUGGUAAUGACUUUACUCUUAUUUCCCAUGGACAAUAAAUUUAAAAUUAAAAAACCAAAGAGUCUGAAAAAUUUGUAUUCACUCUCGCUACGUACUAAGAUUGCGGAUUUGGUGAACAGGAAAAUUUUGAGUCAUAUUCAUUCCGAAGUCGAAGCUAGAUGCGCUAAAGACAACAAAUUCCCCAAUUUGAUAGGAUCAGACAAGGGAAUCAUAAAUAAGCAGAGUUCAGCAAUUUCAGAAGUACUAAUGGUAAGACCAAAAGAAGAUAUUGGUUUAAACUUGAAAACUGAAAAGGUUGCGGAUAUUAGAGAUUCUCCUGAUGGUGUACUCAAGUCCUCACCUUCAGUAAGCGAGGAUUGGGCAAAUACCGUAGAUAUGAUCAAAACGGGACAAAAGUCAAGUAAGUCAGUUAGCGGACUAUCGGAUUCAGAUCCAUCAGUAGACGAUUUUGAUCUAUCGGAAUAUCAAUAUGAGCCCAGAUUAGUUCAAGUCAUGAAACUAUGGGCAUGGUGUGAGAAUCAACUGCAUAAUAAUGAUAUAGGUGUACCUAGAGUAGGUUCAAAUACAUAG